AACCUUCAUCACCUCAGCCAGGCACGCAGCGCAUCAACUCCUAUAUCUACAGCAAAAGCCGCCCCUUUUAUCGAGCUCCCGAUUGACGUGACGCGACGCGACGCCAUGGCUGAACCACCCACCACUGAAACAGCGAUGCCCGCCCCCGUCGCUUUCAAGCAAAGGAGCCGACGAGCCAAGGACAACGUGAGAAAGCGACCUGCUAGUCCCUUGCCAGCGCAUGGCGACUCCUCUUCCUCUUCUUCAGACGACGAGCGUGACGCUGUAGACGGACCCCGGAUCAAGCGCAACAAGAAGGCAGCGAUCUCAGCGUCCUCGACGAGUCAACGAAACCCCGAUCAAGAUCACGGCCCUACAGCCUUCCUCGCGAACCGUGAAGUGCCAAUAUCAGACACAAACGAUGCCACGAAGCGGAAGGACUGGUAUGAUCAACCGACAACCAAGGGCCCCGCUCGCGCUGCCUCCAAUGUGCGCAUCACGACAACCUUCGACUUCAAGCCCGACGUCUGCAAAGAUUACAACAAGACCGGGUGGUGUGGUUUUGGCGAUGCUUGCAUAUUUCUUCACUCGCGAGAUGACAUCAAGCAAGGAUGGCAGCUUGAUAAAGAAUGGGAAGACGUGGUAAAGAGCAAGAAGAAGACUAGCGGUCAUCGCGAAGCUGUGGAGGAUGAGGGAGACGCAGAAAUGCUGGAAAAGAUCCCUUUUGCAUGCAUUAUCUGCGAGGGGCCUUACAAGCAACCUGUCGUCACGCGAUGUGGCCAUUAUUUCUGCGAGGCAUGUGCCCUCAAGAGGUACAGGAAGGAUCCCACGUGUAAGAACUGCGGGGCUGCGACCAUGGGAGUUUUCAACACAGCGUCGAAAUUGGAGGGACUGUUGCGACGGAAGAGAGAGCGUGAAGAGAAGCUGGGGGCAGCACAAGAACGAGAUGAAUAGGGCAUGAAGAGUAUAACCAAGUAGUUUACUUGCAGUAACGCUCUUGGUAAAGUUAUCACACAAUCAUCCUGGAGGAUCUUCUCACCCAAGAGCGACCAAGGACAACGCUGGUAGGAACAGCGCCUAGCAUGAAGCUGAAGCACAGGGCACUCUUGACCCACCCUUCGCCAGGAUGGGGGCAAAUAAAGAUGCUUCCGUCACAUCAAUGUGGUUCAAGUUUUGCGGCAGUGCUGGCUAAGGCUUCCUCCGCAACAGGUGUAGUCUCCCCGGAAGCAACUGUCGCAUUCAUUUUGAGAAUGGCGAUGGGAAUCGAGCAAACUUAACAGAGAAACUCGUCAAUUAUGUUCAUCAAGUGGCGAAAGGCGACAUAUUGGAUGGUCAGUAACUCAAGCGUGGCAGAAAGGCGAACUUUGCAGCUCAAAGCGAUGCCCACCACGCCCGCAACUUGAGACCACGGCCCAAUAAGCUCCUGAGCAUGUCGACCGACCUUGCACGAAAUAUCUACAAAAAGCUAUGAAAGUAUGGGAAGAUAUGGCUCUAGGUACGGGUGUUAUGAAGCAGGGAUAGCAGCUUGAUGAAGACUAAGGGAUCAAGGCUAAGCGGGAACUCAGAGGUAAAAAUGCUAAAGAACUCAGAGGAAGCUGUUCCGGCAUGUUAGAUCUUUGAGAAGAAUAAAUGAUAAUAUUAUCAGAGAAUUAUAGAAUUGUCUCUGAUAAGAGUGCUUUGGAAAGACAGAGAAAGGAGCCGAGUUGAAGAUUUGUGAUGAUGCAAUGAUAAGGCUUCUUAACAAGGUGCUGAAAGUAUGGGUCAUUGUGAAGAGGAAGAAGGAAGAGCAGGACAAUUUAGAUAAAGGAGCGGAAGAAUAAGAUCCGAGAGCUAGAUGAACUGCUACUAAUGAAAGAAUCUGACAAUUUGGAAGAAUAAAAUCAGAGCAUGGCUGUUGGUAAGACUUUUUCUCCAACCUUCCAGAUAAAAGCCACCAGG